AUGGAGUCGUUCAAAGAAAACGCAGUGAACCAGCCGUUGUUAAAGUCCAAAGAAUUAUCUCCACCGCCAGUGGCGGCCGGGGAGCAGGUUAGCUCUGAGCUUGAAGAUAUUCUUUCAGACACCAGCUUGUCGUGGUGGCGCCGCUUCAGGAAAGGCACUUUGCUCGAGUUGAGGACUCUUUACAUCCUUGCAGCUCCUGCGGUUAUAGUAUACUUGCUCAAUAAUAUUAUUUCAAUGUCCACUCAGAUCUUCUGUGGCCAUCUCGGCAAUCUUGAACUUGCUGCUACUUCUCUUGGCAACAAUGGUGUUCAACUUCUAGCCUAUGGAAUCAUGCUAGGAAUGGGAAGUGCAGUAGAAACGUUGGCUGGGCAGGCAUAUGGAGCUCACAAAUACGAGAUGCUUGGGAUAUACAUGCAAAGAUCAACAAUCCUCCUUAUGCUUUCUGGGUUACCAUUGAUGAUAAUUUAUGUAUUCUCCAAGCCAAUUUUGCUGUUGCUAGGUGAAUCAAAAAGCCUUGCAUCUGCUGCAGCUUUGUUCAUCUAUGGCCUAAUACCUCAGAUUUUCGCGUAUGCUGCAAAUUUUCCUAUACAAAAGUUCCUGCAGGCACAAAGUAUAGUAAAUCCCAGUGCAUAUAUAUCUGCAGCCGCACUGGUAAUGCAUAUUUUCUUGACAUGGCUGGCCGUGUCCGUGUUGGGUUGGGGUUUGUUGGGUGCAGGAUUGGUGUUGAGUUUUUCGUGGUGGGUUAUGGUAGCGGGACAAUUUGUGUAUAUUGUAUUGUCUGCUGAAUGCAGAUGUACGUGGACUGGAUUCAAUUGGAUGGCAUUUUCUGGGCUGUGGGAUUUUUUUAAACUAUCUUCUGCCUCUGCUGUGAUGUUGUGCCUCGAGACUUGGUACUUUCAGAUUUUGGUUCUCAUUGCUGGCUUGCUUCCCAAUCCUGAACUGGUAUUAGACUCCAUAUCUAUUUGUGUAACAAUCCUUGGAUGGGUAUACAUGGUUGCGGUUGGGUUCAAUGCUGCGGCAAGUGUGCGGGUUAGCAAUGAACUUGGAGCUGGACAUCCAAAAUCCGCUGCAUUUUCUGUUGUGGUGGUGACACUAAGCUCCUUUAUAAUAUCAGUGAUUUUUGCCGUUGUAUCACUUGUGCUUCGCCAUCAUUUAAGUUAUGUCUUCACCGGCGGAAAAGCUGUUUCUGAUGCUGUCUCGGACCUAACACCACUUAUGGCCAUCUCCAUUAUUCUUAAUGGUAUUCAACCCGUUUUGUCCGGUGUUGCGGUCGGGUGUGGAUGGCAAGCAUAUGUUGCUUAUGUAAAUGUUGGAUGUUAUUACAUGGUUGGCAUUCCAGUUGGUGUGGUUCUUGGCUUUGUAUUCAAAUUUGGAGCAAAGGGAAUAUGGUUAGGAAUGCUGGGAGGCACACUCCUACAAACCAUAAUCUUAUUAUGGGUCACGUUUCGGACCGAUUGGAAUAAGGAGGUCGAGAACGCAAAGAGUCGGUUAAAAAAAUGGGAAGAAUCGAAAGAACAAAUUCGCCUGAUUAAUUAA